AUGGUCGUAGACGUAGACGUGGACGUGGACGUGGACUUCGACGUGGACGUGGAGGUGGACGUGGACGUGGACGUGGACGUGGACGUGGACAUGGACGUGGACGUGGACGUGGACGUGGACAUGGAUGUGGACGUGGACAUGGACGUGGACGUGGACGUGGAGGUGGACGUGGACGUGAAGGUGGACGUGGACGUGGACAUGGAUGUGGACGUGGACAUGGACGUGGACGUGGACGUGGAGGUGGACGUGGACGUGAAGGUGGACGUGGACGUGGACGUGGACGUGGACGUGGACGUGGACGUGGACAUGGACGUGGACGUGGACAUGGAGGUGGACGUGGACGUGGACGUGGACGUGGACAUGGACGUGGACGUGGACGUGGAGGUGGACGUGGACGUGGACAUGGACAUGGACGUGGACAUGGACGUGGACGUGGAGGUGGACGUGGACGUGGACGUGGACAUGGACGUGGACGUGGACGUGGACGUGGACGUGGACGUGGACAUGGACGUGGACAUGGACGUGGACGUGGACGUGGACGUGUACGUGGACAUGGACGUGGACGUGGACGUGGACGUGGAAAUGGACAUGGACGUGGACGUGGACGUGGACGUGGACGUGGACGUGGACGUGGACAUGGAUGUGGACAUGGACGUGGACGUGGACGUGGACGUGGACUUGGACGUGGACAUGGACGUGGACGUGGACCUGGUCGUGGACGUGGACGUUGACGUGGACGUGGACAUGGACGUGGACGUGGACGUGGACGUGGACGUGGACAAAGACAUGGUCGUAGACGUAGACGUGGACGUGGACGUGGACAUCGACGUGGACGUGGAGGUGAACGUGGACGUGGACGUGAUCGUGGACGUGGACGUGGACGUGGACGUGGACGUGGAUGUGGACAUGGACGUGGACGUGGACAUGGAUGUGGACGUGGACGUGAACGUGGAGGUGGACGUGGACGUGGAGGUGGACGUGGACGUGGACGUGGACGUGGACAUGGACGUGGACGUGGACGUGGACAUGGACGUGGACGUGGACGUGGAAAUGGACGUGGACGUGGACGUGGACUUGGACGUGGACAUGGACGUGGACGUGGACGUGGAGGUGGACGUGGAGGUGGACGUGGACAUGGACAUGGACGUGGAGGUGGACGUGGACGUGGGCAUGGACGUGGACGUGAACGUGGACGUGAACGUGGACGUGGACGUGGACGUGGACGUGGACAUGGACGUGGACAUGGACGUGGACGUGGACGUGGACGUGGAGGACUUGGACGUGGACAUGGACGUGGACGUGGACGUGGACAUGGACGUGGACGUAGACGUGGACGUGGACGUGGACGUGGACCUAGACGUGGACGUGGACGUGGACGUGGACGUGGACCUGGACGUGGACGUGGACGUGGACGUGGACGUGGACGACUUGGACGUGGACAUGGACGUGGACGUGGAAGUGGACGUGGACGUGGACGUGGACCUGGACGUGGACGUGGACGUGGACGUGGACCUGGACGUGGACGUGGACGUGGACGUGGAUGUGGACGUGGACGUGGAUCUGGACGUGGACAUGGACGUGGACGUUGACGUGGACAUGGAUGUGGACGUGGACAUGGACGUGGAGGACUUAGACGUGGACAUAGACGUGGACGUGGACGUGGACGUGGACAUGGACGUGGACGUGGACGUGGACGUGGACAUGGACGUGGACAUGGACGUGGACAUAGACGUGGACGUGGACGUGGACGUGGACCUGGACGUGGAUGUGGACCUGGACGUGGACGUGGACGUGGACCUAUACGUGGACGUGGACGUGGACGUGGAGGUGGACUUGGACGUGGACGUGGACGUGGACUUGGACUUGGACGUAGACGUGGACAUGGACGUGGACGUGGACGUGGACGUGGACAUUGACGUGGUCGAGGACGUGGACGAGGACGUGGACAUGGACGUGGUCGUGGACAUGGACGUGGUCGUGGACGUGGUCGUGGACGAGGACGUGGUCGUGGACAUGGUCGUGGACGUGGACAUGGACGUGGACGCGGACGUGGACAUGGACGUGGACGCGGACGUGGACGUGGACGUGGACGUGGACAUGGACGUGGACGUGGACAUGGACGUGGAGGACUUGGACGUGGACAUGGACGUGGACGUGGACGUGGACGUGGACGUAGACGUGGACGUGGACGUGGACGUGGACGUGGACCUGGACGUGGACCUGGACGUGGACGUGGACCUAUACGUGGACGUGGACGUGGACGUGGAGGUGGACUUGGACGUGGACGUGGACGUGGACUCGGACGUGGACGUAAACGUGGACGUGGACGUGGACGUGGACGUGGACAUGGACGUGGACGUGGACGUUGACGUGGUCGAGGACGUGGACGAGGACGUGGACAUGGACGUGGUCGUGGACAUGGACGUGGUCGUGGACGUGGUCGUGGACGUGGACGUGGUCGUGGACAUGGUCGUGGACGUGGACAUGGUCGUGGACGUGGACAUGGACGUGGACGUGGACGUGGACUUGGACCUUGACGUGGACAUGGACGUGGACCUUGACGUGGACGUGGACAUGGACGUGGACGUGGACAUGGACGUGGACAUGGACGUGGACGUGGACAUGGACGUUGACGUGGUCGAGGACGUGGACGAGGACGUGGACGUGGACGUGGACGUGGACAUGGACGUGGUCGUGGACGUGGUCGUGGACGUGGACGUGGUCGUGGACAUGGUCGUGGACGUGGACAUGGACGUGGACGUGGACGUGGCAUGGACGUGGACGUGGAUGUGGACAUGCACGUGGACGUGGACGUGGACGUGGACAUGGACGUGGACGUGGACGUGGACGUGGACAUAG